GGAUAAUUCUAGAAAUUUGUAAACCUUGAGCUGAAAGGGUGAACACGUCAAUUGAGUUAACCCCACUCCCCUCCCUUCCCUUCCUUCUUCUCCCUCUUUCCUUAUCUUCUUUUCCAUUCAUCCUUCUCUUCCUCCCUCCCUCCCUCGUCGCCAUAGCCACAACCAUUUUUCUUUGUGUCUCUUCAUAGACACAAAGACACAUACUUAAACAUUAUCAUUAUUAUUACAUAAAAAACAUCACUUUCAAUAACAAACAUGUCUCUAUCUUUUGUUCGUAUGUCUUGUUCCUCUCAUACAAUUCCACACACUUUCCAAUCUCAUCUUCCUCAAAAUUCCAGAACUGCCCAUUUCAUUAUUUGCCGUUAUAGACGCAGACAAGUGUAUGAUUCAGUUUCCAUUCACCGUGGACUCUUUAAAGUUUGUUCCUUUUCCACUUUUGGUGGAGCUUCUGAAUUUGAAAGUAUUAGCCAAAGGAACCAUGAUGAAGAAGAAGAUGAUGAACAACAAAUUAGAACAAGGGCUAGUAAUGAUGAAGAUGAUGAAGUCGAUGAUGAUGAUGAAGAAGAUGAAGAAGAAGAAGGGUCUAUUAGUUCAUUUGUUUUCCCUGAAAGAUGGGAUGUCUUAGGUCUUGGACAAGCUAUGGUAGACUUUUCUGGCACAGUUGAUGAUGAGUUCCUCAAGAAUUUGGGAUUAGAAAAGGGAACAAGGAAACUUGUAAAUCAUGAGGAAAGAGGUAGAGUUUUGCAGGCCAUGGAUGGUUGCAGCUAUAAAGCCGCGGCUGGUGGAUCGCUUUCUAAUACCUUAGUUGCCCUGGCAAGGCUUGGAAGUCGCUCCCUUCGAGAUCCUGCUAUAAAUGUUGCAAUGGCCGGCAGUGUGGCGAGUGAUCUAUUGGGUGGCUUCUACAGGGAAAAAUUACGCCGAGCAAAUGUACAAUUUCUUUCUGCGCCUAUCAAGGAUGCGACAACUGGAACAGUUAUAGUUCUCACAACUCCAGAUGCCCAACGCACAAUGCUUGCAUAUCAGGGCACAUCUUCAACUGUUAACUUUGACACUUCCUUGGCAAGUGCUGUUUCUAAGACCAACAUACUUGUUGUUGAAGGUUAUCUAUUUGAACUUCCUGAUACUAUUAAAACAAUAACGAAAGUGUGUAAGGAAGCUAGGAGUAAUGGUGCCUUGGUUGCAGUAACAGCUUCAGAUGUUACCUGCAUUGAGAGACAUUAUGAUCAUUUCUGGGAAAUUGUAGGAAAUUACGCGGAUUUAAUCUUCGCAAACGUUGAUGAGGCGAGAGCUCUUUGUAAUUUUGAUGCAAAUGAGAGUACUGUUUCUGUUACGAGGUAUCUAAGUCAGUUUGUCCCUCUUGUAUCCGUUACUGACGGUCUCAGAGGCUCUUACAUAGGCGUAAAAGGUGAAGCAGUGUACAUCCCUCCUUCUCCGUGUGUUCCAGUAGAUACUUGUGGUGCCGGUGAUGCAUAUGCAUCUGGCAUAUUGUAUGGUGUUUUAAGAGGCGUGUCGGAUUUAAGAAAUAUAGGUACAAUAGCAGCUAAGGUUGCAGCCACUGUUGUUGCACAACAGGGAACAAGGCUUAGAAUUUCAGAUGCAGUCAAAUUAGCUGAAUCUUUUGAAUUUCAACUUGAUACAUCCGUUGUUCGAUCCGAUAUUGGUACUGUUUAAUUAGAUUGUAACCUUGCAUUGAGUUCUAAUAUUCUUUCAUAAUAUGAAGUAAGAAAUGCAUUCCUUUGAUACGUUUCAUAAGUCCUGUAAAUAAUUUCAUUGUAAAAAAAUAGCUAUUCUGGCAGUGGCAAUUAAAUUACUUAGGCUUCUGUCCAUUCUUCAACACAUAACAUUAUUGUUAUUAAGUACAUUGAUGUUUUCUUUUAAGCAUGAAUCAGAUUAAUCUUGGAUA